AGCGUGCUCGGUUGUGUGUCAAAACAACUUCAGCUGUAUGGAGUGUUGAAGGCCUCGAUGAGCUGCUUUCACAUCUCCACAAUCACAAUCUUUCUCUUAGAGCACUGAGGAGUACAAGAUACUGUCGUCCCUUUGAGACAGAAGCAAGCAAACUGGCCAAAACUUUAGUGAUAGUGAGUGACUUAUUGGAGGUAUGGCAAGACACUCAGAGAGAGGUGUCUCUUCUCUUGUCCCAUGCUGUUAGUGCCAUAUUGGAUGGUACCCCAGAUUUCAGAGCAAGACAUCGGCAGCUGUUGGAAAGAACAGAGAGGCGAGCAUUUGUCUUGGAGCUGGCUGGGAACAAAGGUUACAUUGAAGAAGUUCUUGCAUUAAAACUUUACGCUCAGUCACUAGUUGUUAAGGUAUCACCAUCUUUAGCUCGCCCACGCCGCCAGUGCCCGCGCCUUCAUCUUCUGACAGACCGUGAACUGACAUCUCUUCUAGCAGACCCCUCUCCUGAGGUUUUAAACUCUGUUAUUCACAAGAUUUUCAACAAUAUAUCAUCAGUAAAAUCAUCCAAUGAGGGAGUCACUGGUCUCGUGAGUAUAGAGGGAGAGCAGCUGCACCUUUCUACUCCUGUCAGUCUAGGAAAAAACAGCAUGGGUCUUGGUGUUAGUGAUGGCGUUGGGCUGGCCAUGCAGCAGCUUCUAGGUGCAACACACUCGGCCAUGAAGACAGCUGUGGAGAAGGCGAUUGAAGAGUUAGGAAGUGAGGAAAAAAUUCGACGGUCGCUACUGCAGGAUGUUCCAGUUGCAGCAGUGACUGUGGCAUGGCGAGUGUGGUGGGCAGCUGGUAUUGAUCUUGCUUUCCACACUUGUCCAAAAGGAGCUCGACAGGUCUUACGACAAAAGCUAUUUAGUGUGAAUGAGGACAUUGCCUUUCUGCUGACAGUCAUGGGCCGUGGACAACAGCAAAAGGCAGAAGAAGUUAAUGGGGAAUAUCAAGAGGAGCCAAUUUUACCUCUGAGUUCAGUGCGAACAGCUUCAGGUCCUUCCUGUCGUACCACAAGACGUACCUCAGUGACACCAGUUCCUACUGCACGCUGCCUUCCUCUUCUUAUGGCAACUAUUCAUGCUAGGGAUGUUAUUUCCAGACUCAUCAGGCACAAUGCUAAUUGUGUAGAAAACUUUACUUGGAUUUCACUGCUUAGAUACUCCUGGCAGUCCCAGACCUCCAAACUGGAACUUCAUGCUGCUCACAGAGUUAUUGACUAUGAUUAUGAAUACAGUGGUUGUGGCCGGUCGGACUUUGUAAUAACACCCACUACUGAACGUACUAUGCUUGCUCUCCUCACUGCUGUUAUUGCACACACACCACCACUCCUGAUUGGGAAGGGUGGUGUUGGGAGACAGAAUCUGGUAGAAGCUGUAGCACACUUUGCUGGCAGGUUUACCACCACAUUCACCCUCUCUGCCCUCACCCCAUCCUCCACUCUAACUUCACUGCUGGCAGGCUCAUUGAUUGGGGGGUCUUGGUUGUUCCUCCGUGACUGUACACGAGCCACUCCUAUGAUUUUGGCCACUCUUGCUGCUACUCUUCUUAAUAUUCACCAUGCCCACACAUUCACAAGUUCGUCUCCUGUCAUACAGAUAGCUGGACAAGAAGUAAACCUUCAUGCUGGUGCUGCUGUCCUCCUCUCUGUUACAACACCACAACCCACACUCAGGAUACCACAAGGUUUUGGCUCCACAAGAUCUCUUCCUUAUUCCUUAGAGGCACUGAGUCGUCCUGUCUGGAUAUUGACUCCACCUGCUCACACCCUUGUGUUUUCCUGGCUUCAUGCCAAUGCUGUUCCCAAAGCACAGGAAAUAAGUGAAGCCAUCGGUGAAGUUGUACGUCAAGUGUUGGGAUCAAUGUGUGAUGAAACAAAUCAUGGGCUGCGACUUCAAGUGAAACUUGUGCAAGAAGUUAUUAAUGUUCUGGCAACAGCCCAGUACACGUGUACAGCAAUGGAAGCUGCUGUGUUGGCAUUCAAGAGUGUGAUAGCAAAGCGUCUAGCUCGAGACUCUAUGCCUGCAGUGUCCAGUGUGCUAAAACUCCUACACCCACCUGGAACUCUGUCUCCUCCAAUACCUGACCAGCAUGAAGAAAGUGCCAGAAGCCUGAUUUCAGAAACAAUACUGCAGAAAAUGGGAUUGAAAAUACAUCUACAACAGAUUAAAACAGUAGAAGUUUUAGCCAAGGAACUCGGAGAAUGGAGCUGCGUUGUAGUAGUUGGGCCACCACGCUCAGGAAAGACCUCCAUCAUCAAUGCUGCUAUAAAGUUGUAUCAGGUUGAAUAUGACCCUUCUACAAGUAGCAACACUUGCCAGAACAUGCCAUCAGCUGCCAACAAGUCCACAAGAAGUCAAGGACUGGAGCAGAGCUUAUCUCAUCGUUCACAGAUAAGCAGUCUUGAUAGAGACACCAUUUCAUUUGAUGAAACAGAUGGAAUUGACAUUGACAUUCUCAAAUCCAACAAGCAAAUCAUUGACCAACAUCUUUAUGCAUUAAGACCUCAUAGCUACAGCCAGACCAGACUGUUGGGCAGUGCCACUCAAGAAGGUCUUUUGCCUCGCCUGAUAUGUCAGAUGGCCAAUGGACCCACACACAGUUUUGUGGUUAUUGAAGGAAAGGGUGCCAGUGAGUGUUUGCUUCGUCUCCAAGACAUACCAGGCACUUUACUGCUAGAUUCACUUCAUGCAUUACCAGCCAAUACAAACCUCACCUUUAUAGUAGAGGCACGCAGUCUUGAAGAGGUACCACAGUGGGUGUUGGUUCGGUCUGGCAUUGUUCAGAUUGAUCCAUGCAGUUUAUCUCUUGCAACACUUAUGCCAAAGCCAGAAUUUAUCCCACCAACACCAACUACUGACCGUCACAGUAUUAGCAGCGCUACACCAAGGAGUGCAAGCAAACCCAACACCCCUGUAUCAGGACGUGAGGAAGAACUAUCACCUGCAGAGAUUAUGCAUUACCUUCUUUAUCGACUUCUUCACCCAGUCUUGCAGCUUAUUAGUGACAGCUCCUGUGGUUUGCAUAAAUUUGCAGUGGUGGAUAUUAUGGAACAGGUACAGAACUUAAGCAUGAGCGAUGGUGACGAUGUUGAUGUUCAUCAUGUAACAGAGAAGGUUCAAGCAGUGGUACAGAUCAGUAGGUCAAUAGUUGACCCAACAAUGUUACCUGAACUUCAACAGACACUUACCACUGCCAUUGAUAAGAUGGUUACUGAAAGAGUUUUGAAUACUCAUAUUACAAAGGUGUUGCAGAACUUGUCCUCUGGUAGUGUACCAGUAUAUGAUCAAUGGUGGGAUGCUGAUUCAUCAUCAUGGCGCCCUUGGCAAUGUGCACUAACCACCAGUGAUGAGGACAACACCGCCAAAAGUGCAGAGGGAUCUCAUAUUACUCCAUCAAUAGACACACACAGGCUGACUUGGCUAUUGAAAAAGUUGGUGAAAGUCGAUCAACCGCUUGUGGUAGUAGGGCCCCCUGCAUGUGGCAAAUCAACAGCUGUUCUAAAGGCAUUACAGUCUCUACCAGAUUGGGCAACUGUUAAGGUGAAUGUUACUGCAGCUACAACAGCAACAGAUAUAGAAGAUGUGGUACUGAAUCACCUUUCAAGGGCAGCCUUUGAUACUCUUACCCCAUCUGGAUCUGUACCAGUAGUUAUCUGCUUUGAUGACAUUGGCAGUUUAUCAGUGGGUUCUUCAGCGUGGAGUUUUAUUGAAGGUCUGGCUCAUCACAAGGGAAUGUAUGACACUAGUGAAUGCAUACGAUGGAUGAACCUUAGUCAUACCUAUAUAUUAUGUGUGUGCACUCAGCAGGACAGUAAAAGAGCAACAGUGCAAGAUUUCUACAGUUUCAGCGGAUGGACUGUUUACAGUAUGGGCAUAGAUGAGAAUGCUUGUACAAAUUGUGUAUCGUCUGCUCUAAUGCCGAUUGCACCCUUACAAAGCCAAAUGUGCAAUACAUUAAUGAACAUUACAGUUUCUCUUGCUGAGAAAUUGGUUUCCCUGUUAAGAUGUCAUGACGAGCCAUUUGCACCAGCCAGUAAGGUCAUAAUUAUAUGGCACAUAGCUGCUGUUGUAAGAGCAGCCUUCAUCUCAUCAUCACUAUUUUCCUUAGCAUCCUCAUCCUCUGGAUUAUACAUUCUCAAUGUCUGGCUUCAUGCUGUCACAUCAGAAGUCCUCUUCUCAGUCUACUCCAACAAGGUACAAGAGCUUGUUUGGCAUGAAAUUCAAAGAUGUGUCAUUGAAGGUGGCAUUGGAAUAGUAGAUGACUUACCCAAGACACCACGAGUCCCAGUCUGGCUGCCAAACCUUGGUACAAACAUUGCUUUAAGUGAUGAUAUUGGACCCAAGUAUCUGGCCGAAGAAACAGCGUCAACGGAGAUUACAAAGGUUUUGAUUUCCCAGGGUGUGGAUGAGCUGAUGUGUAGUCACAGGGGUAUUACUAUGGGGGUGGCUCUGGUAGUGGAUGCAGUAUACACACUCAUUCGCACCCACAAGACUCCAUUUCUACUUCUCUUGGGACCAUCAUCUACUGAUAAGGAUGUUAUUAUAUCUAUGGCAGCCACAUAUCUGGGUGUAAAGAAAGUUACCAGUGACACUGAAGGAGAAAUGCUAGAUUUGUUGGGGGUAAUUGGUGAUAAAAGCGGAGAUGAUGGAUCAUUAUCUUCACAAACUAUCAUGACACAUGUACCUGCCACACUUCUCCAGUUUCCAGAUGUGCUAAGAGUUGUGUUAGAUAUGGCAUCAGUGGAAGAUGUUGCUUAUAAGAGGUUAUGUGUGGUAACAGGAUCUAAGGAGGAAGUGUGGCCUCUGUGCCAGGAGCUAAAACCAGCAGCCCGACAUGGACAAGUUAUAUGUCUGCCUAUAUUUAAAACCCUUCAGCAUGAAGUCUUCGUACAGUCACUCCUCAAGAAGAAUAAGUUUUUACAAAAUGAGGCCUGUGGUACCCUGACUGAGAUUGCAGAUUUCAUCACUUACGUUCAUGAGUCGUACUGUGCAGAUGAAGCAUUAACUAAUGCAAACGUUGCUGUGAAUCAACUUACAUACUCAUCAUUGAAGCAGUUACCAGCAGUGACCUCAUUGGCAAAGUUGGUAGCUGCUUUCUCUGAGCUCCUUCAGCAAAGGAAGAAUGAAAUACAGUCCAAACUGAAUGAUCUGAAGACUGCACUGCAUCGAGUGGAAGAGCUAGAGGAUCAUAUUCAAGGGCUGCGUGACUCGCACAGCUCACUGAAGGACACACUCUCCCAGGUUGACAUUACCAAAGAAAAGAUAAAGGAGAACCUGAAAAAGAGAGAAGCUGACAUUUUGACACAUGAAAAUUGUGUCAGUGAGUUACAUAAAGAAAUGGUAGUAGUUGAGAAGUCACAGGAGGAGUUGAGUGGGGAGGUGGCAGAGUAUGUAGAAGAGACCAAGGCACCACUCCUACAGGUGACACACACUGUCACUCAGCUUGAUAUCCAUCGCAUUCGCAAACUUCUGUCCCGGUCCCCCAUAUCAGCCAUCCAGAUAGUGUUUGAAUGUGCUGUAGUAUUACUGGGGUCUUCUGAUACGUCAUGGCGUGCAGUGCGUCAUGCAAUCCAGGAUGAUAAUUUCUGCAGUAAACUGGCGGCUGUGUGUGUUCCAGGCCUCAAGCAAAGCGUUAUUGCUACAUUAACAGAAAAGUUAGAGCAAAUCAAGAUGACAAGUGACCACCUGUCACGUGUCAGUGAUAUUGGUGGACUUUUGUUACAUUUCCUGCGCACUGUUAUCUUCUUUUGGCAUCGCCAUCAUGAAGACGUACAGCCCCGUCUGGCACGAGUCCAAGUACUGACUGAUCAGAAAAAACAGCUUCAAGUUGAAAUGGCAACGAGAGAGAGGAUGGUGAGAAUGGCCAGAGAAGAUGUAGCAAAUUUAAAGUCUCAACUGGAAGUGGAAGAAAAACGAAUGUCAUCCCUGAAGAAGAAGAAAAUCACUAUAGAGGAGGAGUUAGAGAGUAUCUUAGAUAUCAUCAAUGAACUAAAUCCUCACUCAGAGAGAUGGCGAACAGAAAUAGAAAGUCAAGAAUUGCUUUCAAAUCAGCUGUUGGGCAAGUGUUUGCUGGCAGCUACAAGUCUGACAUAUCUGACACCCCUCUUACCUGAGUUGCGGGACAAAUUCACUCAAACCUGGAAAAAUGACUUGACCACACGUGGAAUCUUGCAGUCUCCUGAACACCAUAAACAACCUAAUCCAUUCAGACUGGUGUCACAUAUCAAAGACCAACAGUUGGACAUUAAAGAAGCAUUUGAUUAUCACCUCUACCACAAUGCACAGCUGCUGAUACAUGAUCCUCAUUGUCUUGUUGAAGAAUAUGUGAGUGGAGGCAUUUGGAUGAGAGUGAAUAAAGGAUUGUGGCAAGAAGAAUUAAAGGAAUGGAUAAGAAGUCCCCAGCACUGUGUGAUAUACUUACGCACAGAACAUUCUACAGCCAUGGAAAUCAUGCAGUGUUGUAUAAAUAAUGGGAAUAAAAACAAGGUGUUGAUCAUAUUAGAAGACAACUGCAUCUCAGCGCCUUGUCCACUCUGUUCCCGUCAUGUAUUCCUCAACAUAAGUUUCAACCAUAAGGGCAUUGUGCACCAGCUGGUACAAACACUUCUGAAGUGGUAUGAUCCAAGAUUUGAGGAAGAAGUACAGCAGGUGAUGCAGGCAUUGUCAAUGGCAUACACAGAAAAGGAAAAGAGAGAAGCAAAUUUACUACAUGCCUUCAUCCAUGCCAGUAACCUGACAUCUACCACAGAACUAACAGGCUUCAGGGACCACAUAAAUAAUCUGAAAAAUUCCACAGAUACUGCUAAUAAACAUGAAAGUCAUAUGAACGAUUUGACUUCUUUAGUGGCAGAUCGGUACUUGCACCUGGCCCAAUAUGCUGCCUGCCUUCAUCAAAUGACCUUCACAUUAGCUGUACUUAAUCCUAGCUAUGCCUUGUCUCUCAGCCUCAUACAGGACAACCUUGCCCAUAAGCUAACACACUUGAUUCAAGAGACCCCUAAUGGUGACGAAAGGAAAAGUGAAGAACAAGAAGAAGAAAUAACGGAAGUUGUUACAAGUUCAGUUUUUGAACUUAUAAACAUGAGACUUCAGUUGCAACAUAGACUGAUUGUUACUGUCUGCUUUGCUUUAGCCAAACUGAAUAUGAAGUGUGACAGUGAAGACUAUAUAAAGGCAUUUUUAGUCCCCAUGAAUGUUGAACAAAUGUUAUGGAAAGAUGUAAACAGACCUGGAGUCACUAAGAAGCAAGAACACAUAAAUUCCAGUAAGGAGGAAAAAGAUGAAGAAAUUAUAGAGGAAAAAGUUGAGUCUGAGGACUCUAUUUCAGAUUGGAUACCUAAACAGUGUGACUGGAAGAGUGGUCGUGUGCUGACUCAUCUCAGUGAGAACUGCAGUAGCCUAUUUCCUGCACCACCUGAGCAGCUGGAGGAGUCAUUGGCGUCACAGCUGUUGCUGUGGUUAUCCCGGGACUCACACUCAUGGCCUACUGUCUUCUCCCUCACAGAUGUUCUGCAACAAGCAGCACAGCGUGUUCUGCUGUCACGUCAUCUGCGAGAGGACCUGCUGGUGGAGGCCAUGAUAGAGCUGGUAGUGUUAACUAUGGGAAAUGUUGUCUUGAAAUCUGACCCUGGGAUGUUGACACAAGCAAUUCUCUUUCACUCGAGGAAGCACAAAACAAAGAGGAGCGGAAUUAUUGACAUUCUUCAGAUAAAUGUAAGCAGGGGAGCCAACCCGCCUCGUGUGUUGAUGGAAGCAGCAAGAGAUGCUGGUCUUCUGUAUUAUAAACUUACAUUCCUUUCUCUUGCCACUGCCUCUCAACAGGAAAUUCGCCGUCGGGUUGUUAUGGCAGCGAGAAGAAAAACUUGGCUUAUAUUGCUUGACUGUGAGAUAUCACCACAUAAUCUGUCAUACACUCAAGCUGUUCUUCUGUCUCUCCCAUCAACCCUGGGAACACCAACAAUUUUCUGUAUCAUCACAGAUGUAUUUGGGACUGUAAGGAAGUCUCACAAUGCAGUCGUUGCCCAGGUUGAAAGACCUGUCAACUUAGCCGCAUCUCUUGCGUCCUGCUUGUCGAUUGCCUACAACCAUCUGCAAACACACUCCAAAGUAUCAAGUAUGUCAGCGACUCGCACCAAGGCAGCUGUACUAACUACUGCGUAUAUCUUUACUGUGUUGCAUGUGAAGGGGGAACAUGGAAGCCAUUGUUGGAAGAACCGGCCACCAUUGACUGAGACAUUGCUGGUUGAGUCCUUGGAGUUUGCCCGGAAUUAUGCUUGCACAGCAAGCAUGUCCUGGGAUGUACUAGCAAGUAUUCUAGCAAAGCUUGUGUGUGGUAGUGCAGUGGUGUCACAACUUGACCAGCAAGUUAUUAAUAAAGUAUUUGGUGAUCACUUGAAUGAUCAGAUUUUUCGAAUCCCUUCAAGAGCAAAGGAUAAAUUUAUUCAAGACCAUUCAUAUAACCAACUUGAAACAUCACUUGGAGACCAGCUGUCCUCAGAUGCUUCAAAAACAAUCUUCCUCCAUUCUCUAUCCUGUAGUGACCUAACACUCAAUCUCCAGCUCCCACCACAAAAGGCUGUAGAAAGUGCGUGUGAGCAGGUAGAGACAAGGGAAGCAGAACUACUGGGAAUGUAUGAUGGCCAUCAGAGAGCACAGCAAACUCAGCAGAUACUACUUGCUCUGGAGACAUUCACUGAGACACCUUAUGUACUUGUGCCAACAUGGGCAGUACUAGGGAUGAUUGCUGAACUUCAGUUUACUCUGCGUGGACGGGUAACAGAGUUGGCAGCACAGGUGACGAGAGAGUUUGACUUUGAAACACAAGCUUGGCAGCAAGAGGCAGAAUCUUGGGACUCUACACAAAAUAAUGCUCAGUAUCAAUUAAAACUUCUUGAACAGGCAGUUGUGGGUGGAGCAGUCCAACCUGCUCAGGCUCUUUUGAUAUUAAUGGAUCUUGUGCGCAGCUUCAUUCUACACCCUGAUGUUACACUCUCUUCAGUGUCUCAGUAUGAACAGGGCACUAAACAAACUUCUCAAGAAAACGCAAUUAGUGUGAGGCUUGUCCGGGCAGUGAUCCUCGGUGUGAAGCAGCUAGCAGAGGAGUGGAAGGAAAGACAUUCUCACUUGCUGUCUUGGGCAGAAAAUGAGACACCACCUGUAACAGUACGUCUUGGCCUCUUAGUUUCACCUGGUUGGUGGCUUACAAGACUCCGCCAGACUGUGUGUACCCGUGCCCAUUGGCUCCUUCGUGGUUCCCUGGUCUAUGCCACACCUGCUACUGUUAAGCCUAUUGAACGACCUCCCCAGGGAGUGUAUAUUGAUGGUGUGAAACUUGUUGGUGGAUGCUGGAUGGGCAACGAAGUUGUUCCUGUUGACCGUGAUGUGGAAAACUGCCCCAUUAUUCUUUCACUUGCUGUUUCUCAUGCUGUUCCACCUACCCCUGUGGGACAUGAAUGGAUUCCGGUACUGGAGAGAGCUACAGUAGAGACUCCACUCUUUCAUGCCUUACUGCCACUCAAGAAUACCUUUACUUCCUGUGUACCCCUUUAUCUACUCCUUCAUUAAAUAGUUGAUUGUGUUUUAUUUCAAUAUACUAUACAGUAUAAGUUUGUAAGUCCAUCUCAUUUACAAUUUAUUUUAGUGUACAGAAUUUUGUCUUAGCAUAUUAAGUUUAUGUUGUGAAAUAAAAGUUAAGUUCAAAGAAUUUUGUCUUUUUUUAUAUUAUUAAAAGUCAAAAUAAGAGAAGACUUCAGGAAAAAAAAAUUAUUGUUCCCAGUAUUGACAAUCAAGCUUCUAAAAUCCUUUGAGAUUGCUGUAACUUGAUUGAAGGAACUACACUGGACCUAUUAUGCGUUCUGUAGAAGAUAUUGCGCUCUAGUUUUAUAUUAUAUAUUUAUUUCUAAGUCACAUUAGAAUAUUUAAUGAUUUUUCUACAACUUUUAUUGCAUUUAUGCUCCAGAAAUGGUUGUGAAACAUGGCACUGUGUGUGUGUGUGUGUGUGCGGUUUAGUGUUAGCAAAGUUAACUUUUUACUUACCAGAUUAGCGGUUAGCGAAGCUAACUUUUCAUUUAGCUGUGCCCACCACUGGUUCUGAACA